CCUCCUUGAUUCACUAGUUUACCGAGCGAGCAGCAGAGAUUAUGGUGUCACAGUCAUAGUUUUAGUGAUAUUUAAAUCAUGACGAUUACAGAUAGGAAUGUAAUUCGGUUUCACCUUCAAAACAUUCAUGGGAUAACUGUGAAGACAUUUGAGAAGAAAAAGGAGAGACUGUUCAUCAGUGGCACAAAGAUCUUUGGUGUUCCUCUGGAAAAUUUAGCAAGACGCUACAUUCCUGAGUUUGGUCUGGUACCCUGCUUUUUGGUGGAUGCUUGCUCAUUUCUUCUGGAGCGUGCUGGGACUGUGGGCCUGUUCAGGAAACCAGGCUCUCUUCCUCGCAUUAAGACCCUCAGGGCCAAGCUGAAUUGCGGAGAAGGCUGUCUACCCACAGCCCUCCCUAAUGACGUGGCCACUCUCAUCAAACAGUUUUGCAGGGAGCUGCCUGAGCCUUUGUUCCCCUCUGAGCUCCAUGCAGCUCUUCUCAAGGCCCAGGCACUGCCCGCCCCGCAGGACAGGACCUCUGCCCUCCAGCUGCUGUCCUGUUUGCUACCUGCCAGAAACUCCUCCUGUCUGCAUUACCUGUUUGACUUCCUCUCCAAAGUUUCCAAGAGACUUUUACCAUUUCAUGUGUUGCUCAGAUGCACUGAAAACUUGAUGACCAGCUCCAACCUCGCUACAGUCUUUGUUCCAUGUCUUUUACCGCCUCCCAACAAGGCAGAGAUGUCUGAAAGGCGCCUCGAACUCAGAGUUCUCGUCCUGCGCAGCUUCAUUGAGAAUCCACAUUUAUUUGGUGUGAUUCCUAAGGCUGUCAUGGAUAGUAUGGAAUUUCUGACGAACUUCCAUCUUCCGAAAGACACAAAGAAAGGACAGAGAAAGAGACACAGUUUUAGAGUGAUGCGGUCUGUGAAGACCGUACCAUGGAUUCAAGGGAGGUCAAAGGUCAGACCACCAGUCUCUGAGCAGAGCCAGGGGUCCACAUCAACAGAAAAACCAACCCUCAGGAGAAGUGUUGGUCUGGAGACCUUCCCCAAUCUACUGCUAUUUAGGACCUGCAUGCCUUGUGCAGAAGACGGUUUCAGACCUGCAGCAGCUGCCUUGGAUGGCUCCAGUCCUCCUGGCAAAGAGGGAUGCAAGACACCACAUGAGAGAUUAAAAAGAGAUCUGCGUUUGGCUAAUUUCUCUAGGUUCACCAGAGGACACGAUGCAGAUGGCUCUCCUGUACUCACCGCUAUGGGGAAACUGCAGCUCACACCUUGGAGGAGACGCUCUUCUCUCUAAAGUAUUAAGUAGUCAUGUUGAUUGCCCGACGUGAUCAGUGCUGAUAGAUCAGUUUUGGUACAUUGUCCUAGAUCAGAGCACUUAGUAAUAUUUUAACAGUCUACAUUUUAAUAAAUUUAUGUAUUUCACUGUUUUUAUCAAAA